CCUGACCUGACUCUAGACUCACAUUGAUAAACAAGACGUUGACUUUGCAGGACAGCAUCGCAACCGCUAAGCCCCUCCUACUUCCGGCCGGAGGAUGACUGAUGGACACCUGUCAACGGGGGGCUACACGCGGCUAAACUGCAAGAAUGGCGGCUAUCACCUCCAGAUCCUCCCGGACGGGACAGUCACGGGACAGAGGAACGAGACGGACGUUCACGUAGUUCUAAGGCUGACAGCUGUGGCCCCGGGUGUUGUGGUCAUCCAAGGCCGCCAAACAGGCCGAUUUUUGGCCAUGAGCGACGAGGGCCGCUUGUACUCGACGCUUAACGCUAACGAUGAGUGUUGCUUCCUGGAGAGGGUGGAGGAGAACUUCUACAACACCUAUCAGUCUCAGAAGUAUGAGGAGAGGAAAUGGUACGUGGCCUUGAAGAAGAACGGCAAGCCUAAGCUGGGUUCCAGAACUCACAUUGGACAAAACGCCAUCUUUUUUCUCCCCCGCAAGUUGGGGGCGGACCCCGGCACGCAGUGACCAACCAGGCGUCACGCAGGCUUUCCAACAAAAAGAGGCCUUCUAUUUUCAUUUGUAUGCAAAAAUACUUCAAAACAUGUGUGAAAUGUGUAAUAUUUCCGACUAAGAUAUAUAUUAUGUAAUUAUAUUAUUUAUAAUAUUUCAACAGUCUACUCUAUAAGAGUCUUACUUGUGCUAACUGACGAUUUUGCUGCCAUCUAGCGGCUAUAAUGUGAAUUGCACGCCACUAACAGCACUUUAAAAACCUAUAAUGUACAUACAAUUACAUAUAUGUCUAAUACUACACCCUCAAGUCUAGCCUACUAAUCAGAUAGUCACUAAUUGAUUGAUAUUCGACAUUCACGUAUUAACAACCUAUAGCGGUGUUUUUCAACGACUGUUGCGACCAGAGGUGGGUAGAUUAGCCAGAAAUUGUACUCUAGUAAGAGUACUGUUACUUUAGAGAUGUAUUACUCAAGUAAAAGUAAGGAGUAGUCACCCAAAUAUUUACUUGAGUAAAAGUAAAAAGGAUGUUCAAGUACUGAGUAACUGAUGAGUAACCUGUUCGUUUAAUGAUGACUGCAAAAAAUAAUGCACAAAAACAUAAAAAUAGCAAUGAGCAAAUUCAGAGCCAGGAAUAUCUCUUAAGCAACUAAAACAAUAAUAUAUAUUAAUUAAUAAUACAUUAACAUAAAAAAAAUUAAGGCAAAUUUAGCCAAAAUAACUUAACAGCACCAUAGGCUCAGUAGGCAGAGAUUACAAAGGAAAAUAACAAGUUAGCCUUUACACAAACCAUAAACUGAUAGGUGUGGGCUGCACCUGGGAACACACUGUGCACUUCUGAUUGGUGUUUCUAUGCAUGCGUGUGUGUCUCUGUCUGUCUAUGAGGCUGCAGUGUGAUAAUAAAUGUCCCCACACGAUGUACAUUUGACAGUGAUUCAUAGCAGGGAAGCUAACAGCAGCCUACGGUGACAGCCAAAAUAUCUACUAACGUUACUUACCGCCAUGUGCUUCCUCAAAUUUGACGUUGAGUUCAUGUAAGCUUAAGCUUGUUAAUCAUGUGACCGCCUGGCUCUGUUUGAUUGGUGAAACGGAGUCAAACGUCACCAGUGACUGCAUUUGAUUGGUGAAACGCAAGCAUGCGAUAGAUCCUACUUUGAAGGUCUGUCUGACAAACCAAAACAAACAAAGCGUGCAUUAACAGAUGGAUAAAAAUCAGUAGCGAGUAGCGAGCUGAAUGUAGAUAAAUGGAGCGGAGUAAAAGUAGAGUUUCUUCUCUAUAAAUAUACUCAAGUAAAAGUAAACGUAUGUUGCAUUAAAACUACUCUUAGAAGUACAAUUUAUCCCAAAAGUUACUCAAGUAGAUGUAACGGAGUAAAUGUAGCGCGUUACUACCCACCUGUGGCCGCGACACUAGUGUACCGGGAGAUAUUGUCUGGUGUGCCUAUUUGGGUGAAAAAUAUUUUUUUGCAAACCAGUAAUUAAAAUCCGCAAAUGUGUCGUUGUUGAGUGUCGGUGCUGUCUAGAGCUCGGCAGAGUAACCGUGUAAUACUCUUCCAUAUCAGUAGGUGGCAGCAGGUAGCUAAUUGCUUUGUAGACGUCGGGAACAUGGUUUGUGGUGAUCACAAUAUGCGGGAGGCAUCCUGUGGGUAAAAAAAAGUAUCCAACAUUUAAACCAAAAAUAAACAAAAAAGCGAGUGCCGCUAAGAAAAGGCAUUGAAGCAACACAAAACUAAAACUGAACUGGCUGCAAAGUAAACAAAAAUAGAAUGCUGGACGACAGCAAAGACUUACAGCGUGCGGAGCAGCAGAAAAAAAACAUUGUAAUGUGUUAACUUGUGAAUCAAAGUGUACAUUUUGAAGAAUAAAGGUAAUUACUAAUUAAAGAAGUCACUAAUUUAUAGAUAUUAGACAUUGGCAAAAUAACAGUUUGCAUCUCCACUGAGCUAAUAGGCUAAGCAGUUAGCUACUAACACCUCGCGAAGUAAACAAAAUAUCUAAAACACCUCAUUGUCGAUUAUGUGUUCAUUAACCUGUUGAACAUACUUGCCAAC